GGGAGUGUUGGGGAAGUACAGUAGUGGCGGAAGAAGCUGCUCUCGAAAACGAAAGUUGGAGCUGAUAACGAAGCGCAAAGAAGUUAAAAUGGAUUUCCAGUAAUAUUAUCCCACAUUUUAUCGUUUAUUUCGUUUGUUUCGAUUAUUUUCUGGGAAACACGAAUUCCCAAUGCGUGCACGAGGCGUUAUUUACCCUAACAACGCUGACGUUAGUAACCGCGAAGAGUGACCGCCUACGUGCUACAGCAACAUUAGCGUGCUGCUUUCAGGCUUUAGAUGAAAAGUUAAAGUACAAGAAAUAAAACUUAAAUCGCUUGGUACGUCGGUGUUGGUGUGUGAGGCUGUUUGUCACACAGACAUGGACCCGGACACUGAGGUUGAAAGGAUAUUUAGGCAUGAGCAUGAGGAGGAGGAUGAUGAAGAGGAGAAGAAGAAGAAGAUGAGGCCUCCCUCCAGCUAUGGAUCAAUGAAGAGUGACAGUGAUGUGAUGGAAGACGAGGAGGAUGAGGAGGAGGGAGCAGCAGCAGCAGUCUUCUCUCCCCCAUUGCCUGUUGUACUACCUAAUUCGAGUGCUCAGGAGGCGACAGGGAUGCAGAUGGUUCGCUCAGAUUCUCCAGAGACCCUCUUCACCAUGACCACGGAGCAGACCAAACCACCAGGGGCUGUUGUCAUUGACACCAGGAUGUCUGAUAUUGAGCCUCCUUCGGAAGACGAUGAGGAUGAUAUGGAUGAAGAGUUGGUAACUCAUUCCCCCGAACCUCCAGAGUUUGUUGAACCAGAUGACUCAAUGCAGGAUGAUGAGAACAGCCAGCCAGGCAAACUGCACCCAGAACAGAGCCUGCCCCAUGUAUUCAAGAGUAUCCAGAAUGUUUUGUCAUCCCUUACCAAGGAAGAGCUAUUCAGUUUCAAGAUGUGGUUUUACCAGUGGGAAUCGGAGAUAACACUGCAACAGGUGAUGGAGGGAGACAUGCUUGAUUUUGUGGACAGGAUUCUGGAGAUCCUUGGCCCGGAUCGUGCCCUGUUGCAUACAAUAAACACGCUAGAAAGUGUCCGCAAUAAACCAGCGGCAGAUGAGCUCCGGAAACAGUGUGAGAGAGCUUUGAUCCGUUUUAAUCUGAAGCAGUAUUUGAUCAGAAAACACCAGGUCAUCCGAGAGGGGGUCGUUCGAGCCGGAAAGCAGAAUCUUCUAGAGCACGUCUACGUCGAGCCCCAGAUUUCCACCUGUUGUUAUGGAGGAGUCGACCCCUCUCACGAGUUUCUACCCCACCCUCCGACACCUCUCCAAGUCCCCAGUCCCGACACCUUUGUUUGUUUGAACAAUCUGUUCCGGCGACAGAAGGCUGAUGGCCAACCCGUGAGGACGGUGCUGACCACUGGGAUACCAGGAAUAGGCAUGACUGUCUCUGUGGGGAAAUUCUGUCUGGACUGGGCAGAAUUGGUUGCCAAUAGGGAUCUGCAGUUUGUACUCAAAAUGUCCUUCCGGACAUUGUGGUUACUGCGAAACAAACCACGAUCUGCCAUGGAAGUGAUAGAAUAUUCUAACCAUCACUGCAAAGGCAUGAAAUACCUGGAGGAAGAGGACUGCAAAUUUCUCGUCAUAAUGGACUCGUUCGACUGUUACCAAGCUUCUCUGGACUGGGAGAAUGCCCCGGUAAUAAAUGACAAUUACACCCAAGCACAUCCUGAUGUUCUGAUCGUAAAUAUCAUCCGAGGCACCGUGCUACGUGGUGCCCGCAUCUGGAUCCUGGGGAGACAAGCGGCUGUCUCACAAAUACCAUCUCAACACAUAGACUUUGUCACAGAAAUACAGGGCUUCAGUGAUGAGAUGAAAGAUGAAUUCCUGACAAAACGCUUUUGUGAUGCCGACCUGGCAGCGAAGAUCGUGGCACACUACAAGCGCCUACCAAUGCUCCGUUUACUCACUCGACAACCCUUCGUCUGCUGGAUGGUGGCCACAGUGUUCGAGCGCUGCUACCGCUAUCAGGGCUACGGGACGCACCCUCCCAGGCUGACACCGUUCUACAUCAGCAUUAUGAUUGUCCAGACCAAUCGCAAGCUGCAGUUCUACUGCAACAAGGGGGAAAAUGAGCUGAAAUGGUCCAGUGACGACAAGCACCUUGUGCUAAAGAUAGGCAAAAUGGCCUUCAAGAUGCUGGAGAAGAAUGUCAGUGUAUUCUGUGAAGGGGACUUGAAGGAGUACGGUCUGAAGUUGACGGAUGUGGUGGUGCUGUCCGGCAUGUGCACUGAGCUCCCUGCUGCCUCAGAUGGGAAGAGGACUUUCUGCUUUAUACACUUCACGUUUCAGGAGUUCAUGGCUGCUAUGUAUGUCUUCUCGAUGUUUCGCUCUGAGUCUAAGAACGUUCUGGGGAACGACUCUCCAGGGUUGCACAUGCCCAAGAUCUUCACAUCCAAGGAGCAAACCAAAUCAGCAGCAGGUCUGGUCCAGUGCGCCCUGGAACGAACCCUCAAGUCCCGGUUCGGCCACUACGACCUGUUCCUGCGCUUUCUGUGCGGCAUGCUUUCCCCAGACUGCCACGACAAUCAGCUGAGCGGGUUUCUCUACGGCCACAAAGCACCAAAGGUGGGAGGACUGGACAAGGUGCAAGAGCUGCUGGAGGAGACGAUACAGACUGCUCAAGAAAAAUAUAGAGACCGCGUGGAAAACUUAAAGGAGUGCCUUAGAGAAAUGAUUCAGGAAGAUGAGUGACACUGCAUCGUGAAAAUCAGCGUCAUCAUGUUUUUGAUGCAGAGAAGAGAAGUUUCUCUGUUUUUUUUGUCAUAGAAUCCAUGAGAGAUCAAAGUGAGACGCUCAAAAUGCUGAAAACCCAGAGCUCAAAGUGACGUUUACAAGUCAGUGUCAGCUUGGCUUUAAUAACAAUAAACUUACAAUAGUAGCGUUGAUUAUGUAUAUGCAAUACUACAUUAUGUCUGUCAUGUCCUAAGGUGAGCACUAAUUUUUUUUAUCAAUGAGGAGCUUGGAAGAGGUGUAGGUUUAGAAAUGGCAUCCUGAUGAGAAGUAAAUGGUGUACGUAUACGAUAACUUCAUGUUUUAAAUUAUGUUUGGCUUUAAAUCACAUCGUGUUUGUGUCUCUGUGUGUCUUUAAGUGCAUAUGUGCUUUUGUACUUGUUAAAUAAACUUCUGUCUUUUUUCA